UCUCCUGUUUCCAUCUAGACCUGGAUAGAUGCAGGGGUUGAUGGUCUGCAUUUCCCAGAUGAGGAAAUGGCAGCCAAGAAAGAGGGAGCACCUUUUAUGGGAGGAGCUGAGAGUUCUCUCCACUGAAUGGCCUUGCCCUGUGGGCAGGGCAGGGAGUCCCUAAGACUAACAGAGGCCUUAGCAACAUGUUUAAUUUUCAGCAACCACCACCUAGUCGACCAUCAGCUGGGGAGCAAGUCAACACUGGGCCUGCAAAAGGCCAGAAUUUGUUCCUGUGGAGUGUGCAGCAGCCCCAGGCCCCAGGCCCCAGGCCAAGAGCCAUGGAGAAUUUCGUUGCAGGAGCUGAAGACCGGCAUCCAGGAGUUGCUGGGGGGAUCCCAGCCUGGGCCACUAGCUUGCCGACAGAGCUUCCGUCAGAUCUGGAGCUGAGUGAGGAGGAGCGGCUGCAGGUCUCCAAGGAACUAGUUGACCUUCAGAUUACAACACACCGCCUUCAGGAGCAGCAUGAGGCUGAAGUCUUUGAGCUGAAGAGGGAGGUCCUGCGGCUGGAGAGCCGGGUGCUGGAGCUGGAGCUACGUGGAGAUCGUGCAGUCCAGAGGCACAGAGCCCCAGGAGAGGCUGACCCAAGGUACUGCCAGGCACAGGCACAGGAAUUCAGUCGAGAAGCCCAGGAACCUGGAUGUUCCAAACACCACAGGCUCCAGGUGCAGCACAAGGACAUCCUCACUGAACCUGGGCACUUGAAGCUGGGGAGCAAACUGCCAGGAGACCAGGAGCAGCUGCAGGGAGAAGUGAAGUGGGUGCUGGAGCAUCACAAGACCCAGCAGCAGGCAUUGCAGACACAAGUGGCAGCCCUGGGCCAGCAGCUGCAGGAAGCCCGAGAGGAAGCAAGAACAGCUGGGCAGCGACUAGCUGCCCAAGCCGUGGUUCUGUCCACCUACCAGGGCCAGCUCCAUCAGGCUGAGGCUGAGAAUGCCCGGCUGCAGCUGCAGCUAAAGAAGCUGAACGAGCAGUAUGCUGUACAGCUGCAGCACUGUGCCCAAGAGGCAGUUAAGCAGGCUGAGGGCACAGGCAAGGCUACCCUUCGGACAUUCCUGGAGGCCACUCUGGAGGACAUCAAGGCAGCGCAUCACAGACGUGAGCAACAGCUAGCACAGGCUGCUCGAGCCUACCGCAAGCGCCUGGCAGAUCUGAGCUGUAGACAUGAGUUGCUCCUGACCAUUGGCAGGUGGGCCCUCCCUAACCCAGGCACCAGGGGUGGGAUGGCCCCAUGUGACCCAAAGUGUGGCUUAGUGUGCUGCAGGAGCAGCCCCAGGCACUGGCAGACCCCACCAGGGCACUUGGGAGCUCCAGGGCGACAAUGCUUCAGCCACCUGUGGGAGGAUCAGGUGAGACUGGAGCCCAGGUGCCCGACACUGAGCUGCAGAGCUCACCCCAGGCCUGGCCCAGGCUCAGCAGAGGCCCAGAGCCCGGACACUGCAACCUGGGCCCAGAUCCACCAGAAACUCCAGGACUUUUCUCACGGCAGCCAGGCAGAGCUAGAACGCGAGCGGGCACAGCUGCUGGUCCGGGCCAUCAAGGCUGAAGAACAGCUUGCUGAGCUACAGGAGUAUGUGAACCAGCACCUGGGCAGGUACAAGCAGGAAAUCCUAAAGCUGAGGAAGCUCGUGGGUGCAGGAGACCCUUGGAAAUGGGGAGCAUGCCUCCAGCCAAGCCCCAGCGUCCAAGGACCCGCAGCCGUUAGCCAGUCUUCCUAGGAGCAGAGGAGACCACCUUCACAGCCAGCAUGGGUCUCUCUUCACACCCCACCCCUUGGGGCCAUCCCCUCUCCACAAAACAAGAGUCAGCAUGGGACCCACGGAGUC